AUGGGUGCCCCCGGCCUGAGGCAGGCUGCGAUCGCGGGUCAGCCGGUGCAUGGCCUCCCGGAGAAGCUCGCGCUGCGAGCAGGAUUUUCGAGACAGCGAAAAGGCCUGAGUUCGCGCAAUCAGCGAAGCGCAGCUGCCUCCUCGGGCUUUUUUUCUGCUCGUCUUCCUGGUUCCUGCGAAAACCAGUAUAUUUUGGCUCUUCAACCGGUGACCAAGUCACACGUAGCCCGUUCGUCUGUCGCUUUCGCGCCCCCGACACGUCCCUUCGCGUCGUCUUCGUUCUCCACUUCUGCGUGGUCUGCCUCCGCGUCGUCUUCCUCAGCGCCUCACCAGCCCUCAGACCCGUCGUCUUCCCGGAGUGGCCGCGCAGCGGCGGGCGCGCCGUCGAUUUCCUCCUGGUGGUGGCGCCUUGCUCCGCUGGCCUUCCCUCUCGUCGGAUUCGGGCUUUACUGGGAGCAGCGUAGACGGCGCAUGCUCGCGAAGGACCUUCCUGCCCUCCGCGCGAGGUUUCAAGGCGACACCCCGUUUUACGGCAAGCUUUGGGGCUACACAACAGACUACUUUCUGGAGAACAGCUUUGGAGAUGGCGACCUCGUUUUCCUCUCCCGUGACCACCACAGCUUUUCGUUUUCUCGCGCAGCUGCACGAGCCGUCACACGGUGUCUUCUCUUGAUCCUUCCAGCGGGAGGGCCUGCGGAUGGCUCGCAACGCUUUGCCCUGGGGGGCGGCAUGUGCAUCGAUGACGUCGGUGUUAUAUUCGUGGAGAACGGCCAGCGCUACGUCGUGAGCCUCUCGGCGGAGCGCAGCGGCCUGGAGAAAGUGAAGUAUGCGGACAAAGUGGCGGAGAGCUUCCCAGAAGCCAUUCUGGUGCGCCGUCUGCGCUGCUCUCCGGAGGUUCGAGAGAAAGUUCACCACGCCAUAGAGGAGGCGCUUCGACAGUCCCAGGGAGUUCAGACGGGGGAGAUCGCCGCGCGAGAAGAGGAUGCCGCCUCGUGUUCUGCGUCGCGCGCCGCUCCCUCCCUGGACUUCCACGGCUCCGCGACAUCUGUCUGGAGUUCGUUUUGGACUGAGGUGAAGCGACGGCGUGCGGCGAGUGCAGACGCCUUUCGCUUGCUGACAGCGCAGGCGUUCUGGACUGCGAAGCGGAGAACUGCUGCCCUCAUUCACAAGCGACUGCAAGAUCUGCUCCACGACGCUGAGAGCUCGGUAGCUCCCGGUGUGAUGGAAAACGCCCGCACGAAGGCGACACAGCUGUUUUCAGAGGACAGCAGUGAAUCAGAUGCAGCCAAGGAGGCGGGGCCAGGCGAAGCGUCGGCUGCUAGGGGGGACGCCGAGGAGGCCAGAAGCGGCGAUUCUGCCGGCCGACACGCGGGCGCUGUUGGAUCCACAGAGUCGAUAGAAGGUGUUUCAAUUGUAAAGCCCCGCGACACCGUGAACAUACUCGCAGAGCUCGUGGCUUUGAGUACGUUUGCCGAACGAGCUAUCAAGAGAAUCGAUGAGGUGUUUCAGGACAAGGGCUCCCCGCCCGCGGCUGCCUCGUCAACCAUUCGACCUGCCUCGCAGCUGCCGCUCGCCGCGUUCCCCGUUGCCGUCUACCAAGCUGCGCAGCUCCUCCCGCCGCUUCCGUCCUGCCGUGAGUGGACGCCUGAGGAUCUCCUCGCGAUAGAGAUCCUCUUUCAGCCGGCUGAUUUGUGCGGGCCGCGGGCGGCGGAGACUGAAGGCAAAAACGUCCAGGGCGGAGCAGGAGAGGAGACUCGCUCCGAGCUGGCAAAGACCGCCACCUUGGAGCUGGCAUCGCUGUCUCCCCAGCUCGCGCCCAUUUUGUACGUGAGAGAGGAAAAGGGCGAAAGGGACUGUGUGGCGAGGAAAAACAUGCCUGGGUUGAUUCGCCAGCGCGAGAGGGCUGGUCGAAAGGCUGCGGCCGGCGCCGCUACGGCUCAGGAGUCUGGCUAG